AGGCCUGGUCAGGUAGAAAUAUCACCGGUGCACGCACCAUCCACAACCAUGACUGCACCGAACUAAUUCUCCCGUACUUCUGCACACCUGUCCAGCAAUGAAGGCUGCACUUGGUGCGCUUGUCCUGGCACUCACGACCAGCAGCGCGGUGUGCGCACCGACACGGCGAUCGCAGGCACUCCUCCAGAAAUUCUCGUCGCUGGUGAUCUUCGGGGACAGCUACACUGACGAUGGCGUCUAUUCAUACACCCCGCCGGUGGCGGCCGAGUCGACAGACGAAUGGGACGGCGGGCGCGCCUGGCCGAGCUAUGUCCAGCAAUACACGGGUGUCAACCUGUACGACUACGCCGUCGCCGGGGCCGUCUGCGACUCCGUGGAGGCCAACAGCCCACGCAACGGAGUGAAACAAGACCAGCUGCCUGCCUUCCUCGCCGAUCGCGCGUACGUCAACACGACCACGCAUCAGAAAGCCCUCCUCAACCAGCCCGACGAGACCGUCUACGCGAUCUGGAUCGGCACUAACGACCUGGGCCCAGGCAGCUUCCUUACCGAGGUGCAGCCCCCCGGCAUGGCGCUGACCUACUUCACCGACUGCGUGUACACGCAGCUCGACCGGUUGUACGCGGCCGGCGCGCGAAACUUUGUGCUGAUGAACCUCAUCGCCCUCGAGCUGGCGCCGGAAUACGCCACCCCGGCAAACAGGGGCCUGCCCACGGGCGAGUACUGGACAGACAAGUCCGCGUAUGACGCCAACAUCACGCAGUCGAGCGAGAAGAUGCGCCAGUAUUCGACGCUGGUGAACGCGGUCUUCGCCUACCAGACGCCGUACGAGGUGCGGAUCGCUCAGCGGUAUCCGAAGAGUAGCUUUGCCAUCUAUGAUACCCACGCCUUGACGACCGAUAUCUGGGAGAACCCCUCCCAGUAUCUGAAUGGAACCGCGCCGUUGAAUGUCACCAGCUCCAUCUAUCGGUGUGGCAGCGCCUGCAGCUCGAGUACCAUCCGGGACAGCUACAUGUGGUGGAACGACCUGCAUCCCUCGGAGCAGACAGACCGCAUAAUUGCGCGUGAGUUUGUGAAUGUGGUCACAGGGCAGAGCAAGUGGGCAACGUAUUGGAGAAGCUAGUGUGGUACAAAUCACCACCGUCUUCAUCUUAUCAGCUCAACACAUGGUUAUUCUUUCUGGGUGACUCAUGGUUGGAAAUGUCAACAAGCGUAGAAACAACUGGCAGACGCAUAAGCGGGGUCUGAUUCCGAGC